AGCAGUGUUCCACAGCAUGUUCGUCAGUGAGGAGAGGCCACUGCAGGCGAAGGACCUCUUCUCUCUAUUUGGAGUUGACUACUCUGUGCAGGGCAGCAACAAAAGAGCCAAAGAAAACAGCACAAUAUGCUACUGGCGUGACUGGCUCAUUGAUGUCAAAGAAGGAGAAUGCAGUCCAAUCACACUUGAGAAGGUACUGGAGUUUAGCUCUGGAGCCUCAAUGGUGCCUCCACUCGGAUUUCCACACCGUCCACAAAUUCACUUCAUCCACGAGGCCAACAGAGUGUUUCCAGAGGCCAACACCUGCCUCCUAAUCCUCCGCUUGCCCAUACAUAGUGAUUAUGAGGACUUCAGGAAAUACAUGAAGGAGGGCAUUCUGCAGGCCCCUACUUUUGGUGUUGUGUGAACAGUCUCUGAAAGCAACAGUUCACCUACAACAUGUGUCUAUGCAUUUAUGUUUUUCUUGCUACUGUUCCACUGUCACAUGUGACACAAAGAACUUCAUCAAAUACUGUUCCACCAAAAAAACUGUUGCUGUGCAGAGUUUUGCGAUGUUUGUCAAAGUUUUAAAUAUGAUUUCAAACAGGCAUUUUAUAAUGUUUACAAAAUUGACCAUGUUUACAUUAGGUACAACUUGUUGAGAGUUAAAAUUAAGUGUAGAACUGAACCGAAAUCAAUGGAUUGUUUAAACCUAGACCUGGGGUGUCAAACUCAUUUUCACUGAAGGCCACAUCAGCAUUAUGGUUGUCUUCAAAGGGCCAGUUGUAACUGUAAAGGCCCGAACAUACUCAGGCGGAACAUACGCGGAACGGACUCCGCGGAGGUCCACGCAAACUCAAAGC